CCCCGUUCAGCCUGAAGCCGCCGACGCCAGAGGUGCGCACGGUGCUGAAUGCCUACACCCGCCCGCUAACGCCAUUCGGCACGGACGCAGAGGUGGUCAAGAAGAGGUCCUCGAUUGGACCGAUGACCAGGAGGCCUUCGGUCGCAAGGAAUUCGCUGGGGUCGCUGCAGCACCUGGACCUCGUGACCACCAAUGCGUCCCCGGUGCGCCGCCGCGACGACAAUAAGCUGCAGGCCGCCAACAUCCUGCGCGAUUUGGGUCAGCAGCUGCGCGCCUGUGGUUGCACCGAGGGUGCCGAUCUCGGGGAACCCUACCUUGGCCAGCGGAGGCUCGAGGCCUCCGCGCUGCUGCAGGGCACCAGCCCGAAGUCCGACCUCUCGAGGCGUGACCUGCGGGUGCGGCAGGCGAAGGAGGGCCUCACGGACCUGAGGCAGCUGAACCACCGGGUGGCCAAGGCGGGGCGGCAGGCCGCGGCGCCCGUGGCGGUGGCUGGCCCGCGCGAGAUCGCCGCGCAGCGCAAGGCGGCCCGACGGGCGGGCCCGCGCGCCCCGGUCCAACCACGCGCGGGGCCAGGCCGAGGACGAGGACCCCCGAGGAGCCGAGCGAGGAGGAGCUGUCCUCCAGCGAGCGCGAGGCGACCAGGAGGCCCGCGGAGCUGCCGAUCGUGGGGAGUCCUCUGGACCGCAAAGCGGUCGUCGAGAGGCUGCUGA